AUGAUAGUGAGGCAGCUUGUCAUAGUUCUGUUUCUUCUUCUCACUUAUGUUGAGUCGACAUCUGAAGCUAAUGAGUUAAUUCGAUGGAGUUUAGUUCAAACGCCUUAUACUAUCGUCAUUUGGCUCCUAGUCGCUUGUAUCGCAAAAAUAAUUUUCCAGAAAAUGACAUGGCUCACACAUAUUGUUCCUGAUUCAGCUCUUCUGAUAAGCUUAGGCUUGCUAAUUGGAUUCAUUCUUGUUCAAAUCCAGUCUAGUGUGAAUAUCACUCUAGAUGCUCACGUCUUCUUCAUUUACCUCUUGCCUCCAAUCAUUUUUGAAGCUGGAUAUUUCAUGCCAAACAAGGCAUUUUUUGAGAACUGUGACUCUAUUUUUCUGUUUUCUAUUUUUGGCACUGUUUGGAACACAAUGUCUAUAGGAGUGUGCCUGAUUGCCCUCUCCUACUUCAAUCUGUUCAGUAUUUCCUGUUCCAAUGUCGAACUGUUAAUAUUUUCGUCUGUCAUUUCCGCUAGUGAUCCCGUUGCAGUCAUUGCCAUAUUCGAGGAAAUUAACAUAAAUGAGUUCAUAUUUGUGAAUGUCUUGGCAGAAGCUCUUUUCAAUGAUGGAAUCAGUGUUGUUCUGUACAAUAUGUUCACAUCCAUCUUGGAGCAGGACCUCUCAGUGAAUCUCUCCUUGGUCUUAGGGAAAUCGUUCUUAUUCGUUGUUGUCACAGCCGGCGGCUUGAUCAUCGGAGUAAUUUUUGGUUUCUUGACAGCUUUUUCUACAAAGUUCACCAAUGCAGUUAGAGUCGUAGCUCCGAUCUUCAUCUUCGUCAUUCCUUAUAUGGCUUAUUUGACAUCAGAAAUGCUGUCAUGCUGUUCUAUAAUGGCAAUCGCUGUAUGUGGAAUGGUGAUGAAGCCUUACAUUUCUGGAAACAUUAGUACAUCCGCGUCAAACUCGGUUAAAUAUUUCACGAAAGUCAUAGCUCAAUCAUCGGAAACUGUGAUUUUCAUGUUUCUGGGUCUCUCAACUAUUGCAUAUAGCCAUUACGUAGACAUUCCAUUUAUCGUCUGCACCAUUUCUUUGACAUUGAUUUGCCGUACAAUAGGUGUAACAGCUCAGUGCGCUUUCCUGAACCGAUUCAGAAGAAAAAAGUUUUCUAUGGUUGACCAAGUUCUGCUUUCCUAUGGAGGGUUGCGUGGAGCUAUCGCGUAUGGACUUGCCAUGUCUAUCUCAGAGAGCAUCAAAGGAAAACCUAUGUUCAUUACAACUACAAUAGCGCUCAUUUUCUUCAAUGUCUUCCUACAGGGCAUAACUAUUCGACCACUUCUGAAAUGGCUGAAUGUGGAAACGAGGGAUAAUAGGAGAAGUACAAUGACCGAAGCUGUCUACAAUAAGUAUAUGUUAUAUUUGAUGUCUGGAAUCGAAGAUAUCAUUGGGCAACGUGGCCAUUAUUCCUUCAUCGAUAAAUUUGAACGCUUUGAUUCCAAAGUACUCAGACCUGUUCUACUUCGGAACGAACCGAAGAAGAAUUUCAAUGCUUCUGUGAUUGUCCGCACUUAUGCGAAAAUGACUUUCGAUGAUGCUGUUGAGAUGACACAAAGAAACAGCAAGAAAAUUGAAAACCGUCAACUCAAUUUGAUCAAGGCAGAAGAGGCUAGAAACAACGGGAGCAGUUAUUCCCCUCAAGUUGGGUUCUUUGCUACUGAGGAGAGUUUGCAGGCGUUGUAUUCAAUGUUUUGUAACUUAUUGGAAGAUAAACUGAAGGAUAUGGAACUGAGAACAAACAAACUAGAGGAGCUCGAUGACAUAAAGGACGACUUCAUUCAACAAAUCCAGAGCACCAGUGGCGAUAACUUGGUGCGAAACAGUGGAGAACUUCCCAGAAUAUCUCCAGCUGCCGUAAAAGUUUUGAAUGAAAUCUUACAUAACCAUCGAACAACAUAA